UCAACACUUGAUGCAUCACCUAUUUCUGAGACCGUUUUUUCUUGUUCUCCAUCUGGAGCUUUUGGAGCCGUAGCUGUUAGUGUUAUGUCGUCAAUAUUCGAGGACAAAAAGAUCAUCAUGGAAAUGCAAGCAUAAUUGAGGUCUUCGAUUUUACAUUUACUCUGUAGUUGGUUUCCUACGGAAAAAGUUGAAUUUUUUGAACAAAACGUCGCAGAUCCCAUACUCAAAACUUGACGAGAUGACCCGUUCUGUAAGUCGCAGUAAGUUGAAAAACAUUUCUGAUACAGAAGCACUUGUGCCCAUGAGGCCCACCAGCAACGCUCAUCUCACGGUCACUGGUUAUUUUCACUCAGACUUGACAUUGACUCACCGCUUCUUCUCCUGAGCGAAGCUCUCAGCAUCAUCCUGAAAUUAUGUGCAUCUGUUUGAUUCUGUAUCGGCCGAACCAUGCGCACUUUCCCUUCAUUUGUUGCCACAACCGGGAUGAAGACGCUAGCAGAGAAUUUUCCGAUAUGGCACUAUUGCAGGACGACGACGUAGAUUCUCUACCUCUAGUGGAGAAUGGGACUAGCACAACGUUGCAACCGCAAAAAAUCCUGUGCAGCCGCGACCACCAAGCGCAGGGCACCGCAACGGGCUUGGAUAUUCGUUCGGGGAAUUGGGCGGUGCUGACGAAUUGCAGGACGAAAGUGGCGGAAAAUAGCCGUUCGCAUCACCCCCCUGGCGGUCCGCCCGAAAAGGAACAUGCUGGAGGUCAUCAGUCCGACAUUGUCGCAGAUUCCCCGGACCACGAGAGUUCUGAACGUAGUACAGAGAAGAAGAGCCGCGGGCAGUUGGUGAAACGGCUAAUCUUUGAGAAUCCAUCGCUCCACAUCGGCGAGGAAAUCGCAGGGCACUACCCGCCGUGCCACGUCUGCUGGGGCAACAUCUACUCAUACGGGCCAGGUGGUGACACCACGAAGAUGGAGGCAGCGUCAAACACGAGGAGGACCCUGAAAUCUGUUUCGAACCAUUGUCAUGUCUUGCAGAAUAAGGUUGACGACGAUGAGAAAAGUGCUGGAGUCUUCAGGGGCUGCAAUCCCACUCUCUGCUACUGCUUGUCGUCCGCUGCAGCGGCUCUCCCAGAGGAAAAAUUUCUCGUUUUCAGCAAUGGUCCGGAGCCGGUUUUGGAACAGGACUCAAGCAGCACCGGCCAAGUGAAAUGCCGCGUGAUGCGAAAGCGAUUGCUGGAGAGAAAUGUUACGGACUGCACGGACCAAGAGGAGCUUCUCAGCAUACUGACCGAGGAAUUUUCCAACAGCGACUUUUUGGAACUGGAUUUUGCGUUUGGAGGUUGUACUUCUCGAGAUGAUGAAGGGGAGAUCGACAAGACGGAGAAUAUGAUCGAUGUUGAACAAGAACAAAUAAAGAAAAAGUUCAGCUACUCUCCUCUCCCAGCCAAGAUCGAGGAGAACCUGUGCCGCCGGAUUUGCUUCGACGAACCAGAGGAGGAAAUCUUGAAACACUUCAAACACGAAUUCCAAACGGUCAGUCAGACCUUCUACAUUUCCAAUGCGGUGGAAGAGGCGGUCUUUUGCUACUUCAGAAGAAGAAGGAAGAGCGAGGAUUUAACAACAUCCGGGUCAAGUAACGAGUGGGGAAAAUGGAAAGUUUUCAAAGUGCCGUGGGCCGGAUCUCGGGAAGAGUGUGUGGAGCUCAAGACGACGACGGCGAGCGUCUAGGUAGCCGCACAGCUGGUGGGUGGACACGGAAGUUGGCCUGCAACAAGACGACCCUUGUUAUGCUGCUCUGCUUCGGAAUCGUCCACCAUGUCAGCAAUGCCAAUAGCAACAUCAGCUGUGACAAAUAAAACUGUAUCAUGUAUGAUGAAGUUCUACGAACGUGAAAGCGAUGUUAAAAUUGGAGUAUGGAAAAAUGGAAAAGAGCGUCGAUAGUAAGAAAGAAUCACCGUCUAAGCUUGCCCUGUUCGCCUUCGCACAGUAGUUUGUCGUAAUCAUCAUGAUAUCGGUUCCGCUUUAUCAGCCGGCUUUUUGGUUUUGCAGAAUUAUUUGAGUGAUCAACUACAGAGCGAUAGCGACACGAGUUUGGUAAUAAGUAUCCGUAUCGGCGUCGAGUAGCAUCAGUUUCGCUUGAUGCAAUUGAUUCUAGCGAGGUUG